CACAACGCAAGACCAUGUCCAAACAGGGCUUUCUCUCUCCAAUUCAAUUAUAUUACACACACACACACACACACACACUCUCUUUUCUCUCUCUGCUGUCUGUCUGAAAUCGUGUUUGGUCUGCUUUUGUUGGACCCUUUCUCUCUUUCCUCUUUUACGUCUCUCACUCGGCUGUUGUUCUUUUCGGGCUGUUUUGUUUUUCGGGAUAGAUUGCAGGCUGAGAGAGAGAGAGAGAGAGAAACAGACCAGAAAAGAAGCCAUGGGAUGGUUCCUCUGCUCAGGAAAAUCAAAGAAGAAAUCUAUUCAGUCCCAAAAAACCCACACAGCUUCUGAUGAUCAGAUCCCUUCAUCAAUAGGUACUUAUUCAUUUAACCCACAAAGAAUGGCUCAUUUUAAUCCAGACAUUACUGUUUACUGUUUCGAUUUUGAUAAAGGGCAGGAUGUUUUUUCAAUUAGACAUUUGGGCUCUUUUCCUUCAUGCCCAGGCCGUUUUGAUUGAUCCAUUUUGCAAUUUUUUCUUGUCAAAAAAUGUUUUUUUUUUUUUUUUGGUUUCCCUGUUGAAUUUGAACGUUAUUUUUACGGGGCUCCUUGCCUAUAUCUUGGUUUUUCCAUAAAGAUCGUUUUUUUUUAUUGUUCUGUUUAUUGGGUCCCUUGAGAUUUGAAUUCCGGAAUGAUAGCAGUAUCUCCGGCGUCAAAGCAGUAAAUUAGUUCACUUCCAAGCUCAGGUUAUCAGGAUUUGACUGCAAGAUUGAUAUCUUAUGCUGACAUGGUAUUUGAAUGUGUUCUAAUUUUGAAUUUUUCUUAUCAUCUGAAGUGAUGGAAUCGCAACUAAUUUCCUUCAUUUGGGUUGUUUUAUCCCUGGCUAACUUUUUAACGGUGUUAAGGAAGUUUAUACCAGAUAUAAAGUAUGAAUCUUUUCAGAAAACUCAUUGUGGGAUUGGGUUGUUUUAAGUGUUUGAGUUUCUGACAUUAUUCUGCUCUCAUCACAGUAUGUAAGCAUCUGCUAUAAAUGCUGUGGAUUCCCAUGGUUUCUUGUCGAUUCCAUGGUGUCUAAUUUUGAAUAUUAAAUUUGAUGAAAUAUGACAUUUUUCGAAUUAUACUGGUUUGACUAGAGACUUUGAAAUGUCACAUCGACGCUGUAAGAAGGGAAUGCUGCAGUAAUCAGUUUUGAGGCAUAGGAAUUUAGUAUGCAUUGGUCGUGUAAAAAACUGCUAUCACUCUGAAGUAUAUGAAUGGUUUGAAUAAUGCUUUAUAUUGAUGCCAGUUUUUUUUUCAUGUUUCGUUUUAACUAUCUAUUUGUUGAUUAAUGAUUGCAGAGAAGCUAAAGGUAAAUAAUUCAUACAAUAUGAAAAAUGAAACUCCAAAAGAUGGAGGAACUGGUCCUAUUGCUGCACAUACGUUCACAUUUCGUGAAUUAGCAGCUGCCACAAAAAAUUUUAGGGGUGAUUGUCUGUUAGGAGAAGGAGGCUUUGGGAAAGUGUAUAAAGGGCGAUUAGAGAGUACAAAUCAGGUUGUGGCUAUAAAACAACUUGAUCGCAAUGGUUUGCAAGGAAACAGGGAAUUUCUUGUUGAAGUACUGAUGUUAAGCUUACUUCACCACUCAAAUUUGGUGAAUUUGAUUGGAUACUGUGCUGAUGGAGAUCAAAGACUUCUGGUUUACGAAUUCAUGCCAUUAGGAUCUCUGGAGGAUCAUCUUCAUGACCUUCCACCUGACAAAAAACCACUUGACUGGAAUACAAGAAUGAAAAUAGCUGCUGGUGCUGCCAAAGGCUUGGAGUAUCUGCAUGAUAAAGCAAGCCCUCCUGUUAUAUAUCGAGAUUUAAAAUGCUCAAAUAUUCUACUUGAUGAAGGUUACUAUCCCAAGCUGUCAGAUUUUGGGUUAGCCAAAUUGGGACCUAUUGGGGAUAAUACACAUGUUUCAACCAGAGUAAUGGGAACUUACGGAUAUUGUGCACCAGAAUAUGCAAUGACUGGGCAGCUUACUCUGAAAUCUGAUGUCUACAGUUUUGGAGUUGUUCUUCUUGAAAUCAUCACUGGCAGAAAAGCUAUAGACAACUCAAAAGCUGCUGGGGAGCACAACUUGGUUGCAUGGGCUCGACCAUUGUUUAAAGACCGUAGGAAGUUCUCACAGAUGGCUGAUCCAAUGCUUCAAGGUCAAUACCCUCCCAGAGGAUUAUAUCAAGCUCUAGCCGUUGCAGCAAUGUGUGUUCAGGAGCAGCCAAACAUGCGGCCUCUCAUAGCAGAUGUAGUCACAGCUCUGAGUUAUCUUGCUUCACAGAAAUAUGAUCCUGAAGUCCAUUCAGUCCAAAGGGCCCGCUCAGGUGCAUCAACUCCAAGAUCAAGAAGGGAGUAGGGACGAGUGGAAAGGACAAUCAAAAUGACUUACUAGUUGAAGAUUCAUCUUCAGUUGUGAUCAUCAGGAGGCUGGUAAACAUUUGGACUAUGGGUUGCCAAGAUGGUUUUUCUGGUAUGCACGAUGUGCAUCCUCAUAGACGUCUUACCAUUUUCCUCCGUAUUGUGUUGAGGGUUGGUGCCUCUUCCAUGGUCUAGGUUGGAGUCACAGUUGUGGCUAGAAGCUACAUUUUGUUCAGGAAAGGAUGAGAAAGCUAAAAGAAUCUUGCUCGCUCAACGGCAUGGUUGCUUUGUCAGGAAUUUCAAUUCUUUUCACUUAGUCCGCUCAUUACAUUUUCAUGUAAUGCGUAGGCAUCUUUGUUGAAAUAUACCUGUCCCCCAUGCCUCUAUUCUGUUCUUUUUGUGAAGGAUUGGGAUUUUUCCCAUGCUGUUUAGCAGGUUUCUUGUGUUUUUGUCCAUCAUAUAGAGAAAAAAGGGUCAUCUUGGUAGCAUUCUUAUGUAUAAAGCAUAUAAAAAUUUGUAAAGAAACUCAAGAAGUUAUAUGUAGGAUGUUAAUAUCCGAAACUGAAGAAGCCAUUUUGAACGAUCAUGUUUCAUCUUUCCAUGCGAUCUCCCGACAUUUUUUUUGUUUCUUUUCUCUCUUUACUCCACUCAAGACCAGGAUUUUGUUCGCU